AUGAGCAGCGAGCCGUUUACAGUCUCCGUUGCUGAUGACGUGGCGCUAGCGGACGUUGAGCACUGGCUGUUGUUCGACGAAGCCGUUCUGCCUCAUCCUCCGCCUUCCAGCGACGACUCUCAUUCGCUGACGCAACUUUUCUCAGAUUUACCGUUUAUUCCCUCAGAUCCGUCACUCGCUUUCUUGACAGACGACCAUGCUCCUCGCCCCUCUCCUUUCCUCGGCGGUGAUAUAGGAGUGGGUGGACUCAGAGGGCCUUCCGCCGACCCUCCCUCCGCUCUGCCCCCGCGCAAGCUGCCUCGGCGCCCACCGGACCUCUCCUCCCGCCUCGCCGCCGUGCUGCAAAACAUCAACCCCCCCCGCCUUGCGCCCUUCCCUGGGCAACCCCUCCCCUUCUCGCCCAAGCCGGGCCUUCCUUCUCCUGCCACGCCCGCAGCUCCCACCUCGCCUGCAGCUCCCGCUGCCACUGCGUCUACCACUGCAGCUCAGUCCAACCCUUUAAGCACGGCCCUGGACAGUGCAGAUAACCGCGCAGCAAGCAGGGCGUCCCUCCCCGUUCCCCACAUUGCUGCAUUCGGCCCCGAGAGGCCUCUGCGAGUGGAUGUGUCGGGCAUGCUGCCGCAGUCCGUAUGUGGCGCGAGGGAGGGCAUGCUGAAGCAACAGCUCAUGGCUCUCGCUGAAGCCAUGGCCGUUGGUGACUCGGUGCGUGGGGCGUGUGUCAAUGCACUACUUCAAGUCUUUUUCUCCUCCUUUCUUCUUCCCCUCCCCUACCUCAUUUCAUCCCCUCCCCACCUCAUUUCAUCCCCUCCCCACCUCAUUUCAUCCCUUCCCCCACCUCAUUUCAUCCCCACCCCCACCUCACUUCUUCCCAUUCCGCACCUCAUUUCAUACCCUCCCCCACCCUCCCCCACCUCACUUCUUCCCAUUCCGCACCUAAUUUCAUCCCCUCCCCCAUCUCACUUCCUCCCAUUCCGCACCUCAUUUCAUCCUCUCCCCCAGCUCACUUCCUCCCCAGCUCAACCCUCACCAGGCGCACUCGCGUGCAAGCUGGAGCCAAAGGGAUCUGCUCACUCACACACCUCUCCCCUUGUGCGCUGGCGGCACUGCAUGCGCCAUGUUCUCCUUUCCAAACGCCCUGCUGUCGCAACACUGGCUAAUCAUCCCUUCAACCAAAACCCUACCCCACCAGGUGCGGUGGCGGCACUUCAAGCACCAGGUGCUCGUAUUGAAAAGCACUUUGAUGUCUCAUCAAUAUCUGACCCAUCCCCACUCUUUCGUACCAAACCCCUACCCCACCAGGUGCGGUGGCGGCAGUGCAUGCGGCAGGUGCGGAGGGAGGCAGCAGCGGGGGGAGACACGCUGCAGCGCAUCGCCUUCCACGCGCUGGAGGCGCUGCAGGCGCGCAUGGAUGGCACCGCGCUCACUCGCUGGCAAGCCCCCUUGAAAGUCACCCUUCAGGUACAUCCUUUCCGCACUCCCCACCUUCCCCUCUCCCCAUCUUCCCCACCUCACCACCUUCCCCUCUCCCCAUCUUCCCCACCUCCCCACCUUCCCCACUCCUCCUCUCCCCCCUCCCCCACAUGUCAUGCCAUGUGGCCGAUGCAUGCCACGUGUCCACUGCAUGUCAUGUGCCCCAUGCAUGCCCCUGCCUCAUUCCCUGCCUCUGCCCCGGCCUCUGCCGGCCACUCCGUGCGGCGGCGGCGGCUGCACAUCAUAGCCAUGGGAUUCUACGGCGGGCCGCACUGGGUCAACAUCUUCUUGCGCCUCGCUGCCCACUUUCCCCCCACCCCCCUCUCCCGUGCUGCUGCCACCAAUGGGGAUGCACCUGUGGCAAGCAGCAAUAGCUCCACCAGCAGCGGCAACAGGAGCGGCAGCAGUGCUAGCACGCACCCCACAACCCCCCCCACACCUCUUUUACACGCUACCCCCCCGCCCCGCCCCAUGGCCCACGUGAAAAUCACAGCCGUUGAUUUCGGGAUCGUCAAAGUGGAGGAAAAUCCGACGGGCCUGGUGCAUCUGGGGGGGCGGUACCUGGAGCAGGUCGCAUCAAUGCUCGGGCUCUCCAUGUCGUUCCACGGCAUAGGAACAAACCUGCACGACUUCCACCCAUCACAAGUGGAGGUGGAUGAGGGCGAGGAGGUAGUGGUGCUGGCCAAUUGGGGCCUCAUGGUCUUCCCAGACGACACAGUGCUUCGCUCCAACCCCCGCAACACGAUUCUCAAGUGGAUCCGCGACCUGCGCCCGCUGCUCCUCCUGCAGGUAGACAUUGAUCUCGACGCCAACGGCCCCUUCUUUCUCUCGCGCUUCCACGCCGCAUUCGCCAACUUCGCGGCGUGUGUCGAGUCGUUUGAUGCUUCCAUGCCACACUCCACCACGUCACGCUUCAUCGUGGAAAGCAUCCUGGCGCGGGACUUUAUAAAUGGAGUCGCAUGCGAGGGCAUGAACAGGUGGCUGCGGUCGGAGCGGCUCGAGAAAUGGGUGCAUCGGAUGAGAGCGGUGGGGCUGGAGCCGGUGCCGAUAGGGCCGGACACAGUGGCGGCUGGGAGGGAGGCCACGGAGGGGAGGGACAAGAGGUUCCGGCUGGAAGUGCAUGGAAGACGGGACUUAUCAAACCAGGCCUAUGACAGGCGCCCCUCGCCCUCCUUCGGGGGUGAUGUAGGAGUGGGCGGGCUCAGGGGGCCUUCCGCCGUCCCUCCCUCCGCUCCGCCCCGGUGCAAGCUGCCUCGGCGCCACCCGGACCUCUCCUCCCGCCUCGCCGCCGUGCUGCAAAACAUCAACCCGCCGCGCCCUGCGCCCUCCCCCUGGCGAACCCCCUCCAGCUUGCCCAAUCCGGGCCUCCCUUCUGCUGCCACGCCCGCAGGCAUGCUGCCACGGCCCAUGUGUGGCGCGAAAGAGGGCAUGCUGAAGCAGCAGCUCUUGGCUCUUGCUGAAGCCAUGGCUGUUGAUGACUCGGUGCGGUGGCGGCAGUUCAUGCGGCAGUUGCGGAGGGAGGCGGCAGCGGGGGGGGACACGCUGCAGCGCAUCGCCUUCCACUCGCUGGAGGCGCUAGAGGCGCGCAUGGAUGGCACCGCACUCACUCGCUGGCGCUCCCCCUUGAAGAUCACCCUUCAGGUACUUUCCCUCCUGUCUCCUCACCUUCCCCCAACCCCACCUACCUCCCUCCCCUCUUCCCUCCCUCUCCCCUUUCGCCCCUCUCCUUUUUCCCCACAUCCCCACCUCCCCACCUCCCCUCCUCCCCCCUUUCCUCCCUCCCCCGAUUCGGUGGCAGUGUUGGGCCACGGCGGCGAGCAUGGAGUGCCGGCAUUCAUGCACCUCGCCAACAUUGCAGCCAUGCACGAAAUAGUCCGCGCAUUCACCCACCAAUCAUGCGCACACACACACCCAAAUAGUCCACACCCCCAUACUCCUCCCCUCCCCCUGGCGGCCUCUUUCCCUGCCUCUGCCUCUGCCUGCCACUCCGUGCGGCGGCGGCGGCUGCACAUCAUAGCCAUUGGACUUUACGCCGGGCCGCACUGGAUCGAGAUCUUCAUGCGCCUCGCUGCCCACUUCUCCUCAACUGGGGGAGCCGUUGAUUUUGGGUUCGUCAGUCUGGAGGAGUAUCCAACAGGCCUGGUGCAUCUGGGGGGGCAGUACCUGGAGCAGGUGGCAUCUAUGCUCGGCCUCUCCCUGUCGUUUCACGGCAUGGAAACCACCCCACACGACUUCCACCCGUCGCAAGUGGAGGUGGAUGAAGGGGAGGAGGUGAUAGUGCUGGCCAAUUGGGGCCUCAUGGUCUUUCCAGACGACACAGUGCUUCGCUCCAAUCCCCGUAACGCAAUUCUCAAGUGGAUUCGCGACCUGCGCCCGCUGCUGCUCCUCCAGGUAGACGCUGAUCUAGAUGCCAACGGGCCCUUCUUCCUCUCGCGCUUCCACGCCGCGUUCGCCAACUUUGCCGCGCUCAUCGAGUCCUUUGAUGCCUCUAUGCCGCACGCCGCCACGCAGCGCUUCGUAGCGGAGUCCAUCCUCGCGCGGGACUUUAUAAACGAGGUGGCAUGCGAGGGCAUGAACAGAUGGCUGCGAUCGGAGCGGCUCGAGAUGUGGGUGCAUCGGAUGAAAGCAGUGGGGCUGGAACCCGUACCUUUAGGGCCGGACACAGUGGUGGCUGGGAGGGAGGCCACGGAGGGGAGGGACAAGAGGUUCCGGCUGGAAGUGCAUGGUGAGAGCGGCGCCCUGCAGCUCAGCUGGCGCGGCGUGCCCUUGAUCUUCGUGGCCGCCUGGCGAUGA